AUGAUUAAGUUAAAACAACAACAAACAUCAAGCGGUGAUAGGAGUAAUAAUCAAAAUAAUAUUGAAAAUGAUAUCAAUGAUAAUCAACAACAACAACAACCACCAGCAGGAAAUAGUAAUGAUAAACAAAAUGACAAAACAAUUAUUUCAAAUGAUCAGGAAAAUAAUAAUGAUAAUGACAGUGAUAUUGAAAUAAAACUUCCUCGCUUAUUGACACAGGUAUUUGUGGAUGCAUUGAAGUGGUCAUCAGGUGAUAUUUUCGCAGCAAAACUGAGUGAUAGUCGAUUAACCGGUCUCGUAGAACAGUAUUUCGUUUGUUCAGAUAAUGAUGAGAUAUCAUUGGAAUCGGGUGAUGUGGACAUUAUGUUUGAACCAAAAGGUAUGUUUACUUCCUAUUGGAACACGGAGUUACCAUUUCAAAUUGAUAUUGCUGAACCAUCGUCCUACUCGGAUUUUUACCAUAUUCAGUACUACGAGAAAACUCAUUUUCCACUGGAGACGAACGUUUUUGAGGUGAUGAAUGACAAACGAUAUAUAUUGAGUAAAUUAGUUUCCGAUUUGAUUCUUGUCGAGUUCACAAAGUAUAAUAAGAAUGGCCCUCUUGUGGCUGAACAACAUGGUCCAACAGUCUCUCCAACGUUCACAAAUGAAUUAAGUGGCUAUGAUUUUGUUUUCGCAUGGCAAAUGCCUCAAAUGCCAUACAGUAUUCGACAAGAAUGGCUUGAAUGUCCGGAACAAUGGCCAUUACCAGAUGUUGUUCUAUUUAUUUCACGAUCACCGUGUCAUCUAGUACCAAAACGUCAAAACACUCUUACAUGGGGUAUAUCGCUAAGUUUUUGCGAGAUGUAUCUCACAAAUUCAUUCAAUAAAAAACCGAAAAAUUGUUACAUGCUACUAAACUCAUUCGUACAAGAGUUAUCACCUGGCAUCCUGUCAUCUCAUCGUAUUAAAACAUUUUUCUUCGCGUAUCUAGAGAAGAAUGCAUCGACACUAUAUAUGAUCGCUGAAGCACAAUUACUCCUGGACUUGAGCCAUUCCUUACACACUACUUUAUCAAGCACAAAUGUAUGCCAAACUACUUUUUAUCGAACAUUAAUAUGUUAGAACCUAUAUCUAGGGAAAAAUGUAAUUAUUUAGCUGCCCAACUAGAUAUAUUUCAUGUAAAGCCUUGUAUAACGACUACAAAUAUGAAAAAAAAUUGCAAACAGCUAGCAAAUUGAUUUCAAGUGAGCAUACCUGACGACUGGAUCGACGACGAUAAGUAUUCGAACGCAAAAAUAUGUGCGUGGUAUUUGAAAUCAUUCUUUUAUGUGUCGCUAAAUAUCCAAGAUUCAUCGCGACUGAAACAUUCAGAAAACGUUGUUCAUUUAUCCCAAAAGUAUUUUCCAACUACUAGGCAAUAGUGUACAAGUAUUGAAGAACUUCUAUCCACCUGGCCAGAGUAACUUUACCAUGGUCACUAGUCAAACAACUAUCACAAUGUUUUCAAUACGAAACAGAGAACGAACAUAAUGAGAUGGUCAGACAAAGCUGAAUAGGAGAAAAAGUUUUAGAAUCAAUAACAGUCGUCUUCAGUAUAUGGUCUGGUCUUAAUCAGAUCGUAGAAGAAUCAGUUGAUAUAGA